CCCUCCGCCUCUCUGCCAGGAGUGGGGAUGCUCACUUUCCUCCUGGCAGGCUGUGCCAGCCACUUGCCGGUCACCUCGGAGUGUUUUCCCAUCACGUGUCCCUGCCUCGCUGGGUCGUCGAGCCCUCUUAGUCGGUGAAAAUUCCCCCGGCUUCACUAGUAUCCUCUGGGGCUGCCGUUUCUUUGGCUCUCUGGUCUUCGCCCACCCUUUUCCUUGGCCACAUCCUAUUCAGACCUCGCCCUCGGCUUUUCCACCCGCCUUUUGAGAAGAGUGGACAGCUUCACAUGGAGGUACAGGCAGAGGUUGUCCUUGUUUGGUAGGAUACUGGCUGCAGCGGGAACAAUUUGGGAGCCAUGGGCUGUCGGCUCAUCCGUGGUCUCUCUGGAGCCGCAGUCUUCCUUGUCAGCCUGGCUCUCCUCUCUGUGCGGCACCGUGGGGCUCAGGAAACCGCUCGGUACCCAGGGCUCAAGGAGGCGAUGUCGGAGAAGCUGGAGCGACGGAGCAAAGUGAGCCCAGAAGAUGUCACGGGAGGCAGUGGCAGGGGGCAGAAGGGCCUGCAAGUCCAUCCUCCGGGGGGAUACGGGACCGAGGGAAGCCUGACCCUUGGGGACAUUUUCAUAGCCGUGAAGACAACCAAGAGAUUUCACCAGACCAGGAUGGAGCUGCUCCUGGACACGUGGAUAUCCCGAGUAAGAGAGCAGACCUACGUCUUCACUGAUGAAGAAGACGAUGCCCUGAAAAGGAGAAUGGGCGACCAUGUGGUCUUCACCAACUGCUCUGCUGAGCACAGCCACCCGGCCCUCUCCUGCAAGAUGGCCGCUGAGUUUGAUGCCUUCCUGGCCAGCAGCCAGAGCUGGUUUUGCCAUUUGGAUGACGACAACUACCUGAACCCUCAUGCCCUCCUGAAGCUCUUGUCCUCCUACUCUGCAUCAUGGGAGAUUUACCUGGGGAAACCCAGCCUGAACCGACCCAUCUGGGCCUCUGAAACGCUGCCAAACAACCAGACGAAAUCUGUGCGCUUCUGGUUUGCCACAGGAGGAGCUGGUUUCUGCAUCAGCCGCAAGCUGGCAAGCAAGAUGGUGCCAUGGGCCAGUGGCAAGAACUUCCUGAGCACUUCAGAGCUCAUCCGCCUGCCGGACGACUGCACUGUGGGCUACAUCAUUGAGUGCAAAGUCGGCAGGCAGCUGCUGCCCAAUGCGCUCUUCCACUCCCACCUGGAGAACCUGCAGCUCAUCCCCUCCUCUCAGCUCACGCAGCAGGUCACCCUUAGCUACGGUGUCUUUGAAAACAAGCUCAACGUUAUUGAACUCAGCGGCCCCUUCUCACCCCAAGAGGAUCCCUCAAGCAGGUUUCGAUCACUCCACUGCCAUCUCUAUCCGGACACCUCCUGGUGCUUGCAGGCUGUUGGCUGGUGAUGCCUGCACCUCAGCUACGUGGUCCUGGUGACAUCCAUUCACCUUGUGCAUGUAAGGAGUGGGACACUGAAGAAGCUUGGUGCUCCCAACUUUCCAUUUUCUGCUGUGGUCUUGGGGCUCUGUGAUGGCUUUUUUGGUCCUUGCUGAAUACCAGUGACACAGGACAAGAGACAAGAUCUGUGCCAAAGAUGGAUGGGCUUCUCAUCUGUGCUGGGAUGCCUGCAAGGGGUAGGAGCAGUAUGCCUUCCUGAGCAGAUCAAGGACUGUGUGGUGACUGCUGGGCAUCUGGGCAGAGAUGGGGACCUGCUGCUGCUGCUCCUCGCCAUGGAUUCAUCCUGCUGGACUAGAAAGACCCUGGGUAUGGGUAACCAGUGCCUGACUGAGGAUGGCUGAUCACGUGUCAUGGCUCCAGCCUCUCUGAGCAGGUCCUCAUCCUCUGUAUCUGCCUGUGCUUUCCCCGCCGCCCACUCUUCCCAGCCACAGCCCCUUGGCUGAGUCUCUGCUUAGUCAAGGUCUAUAGAAAUGGAAAAUGUGACCGUUUAUGUGAUGAAUGAGUGCUGGGAAAGCGUAGUCCUUGCCUGGCAGAGGGCAGAAGGGCAGGAAGUACAAAGAAUCAGGAAUCGCCCCAUCUGCUGUGGGGUGGAGGAGCCAGGAGGAGCCAGGCCGAGGUUCCUGCACUGAACAUUGAAGGCUUGAUCUUGUAUGGCCCUGCAUUGUUCCUCUCUUUUUCCUUUCUUGAUACGGGGUCAGGAUAAUCUCUUGCUCUAAUUACCAACCUGUCGUCUGAGAUUAGACUCCAACUCCUACCUGUGAGAGAGGAGACAUACAGGAUUAGGACUGGCUGAAAGAGAGGAGAAAGGAAGAGAUGGAGAAGGAGCACUGAGGAGCGGCUUAGAGGUUACAGCUUUAUAAUCUUCUCUGUGCCCUGACCAAAAAAAUUAAGUCGUGAAGGAAUGGAAACAGCAAAGCAAAGAGCUUUUUAUCUCCGUGUUUCUUUCCUCCAGAUGCUAAGAGCAGCUUUCUGCCUUCCUGCUGUCCCUGCUGAGCACAACAGGGGGAAGGAGCAGGCCCAAAUAGGUUACAAGCUUUCUGGCACGUUUGUGGAGAGUCUUUUUCUCAGUACAGAGCCUGGCAUGAAAGCUGGGCAAUUCUGCUUGCUGGGGAAUGAGCCUUGGCACCGUUUUGUCCAUGCACACACGGUUAAACGGCUGGGGGAGAGCGUUGCAGGGAAAGCUGGAAGGCAAAGAGGCUGUUUUAAAUGGCAGGUGGUGCCACAAACAGGUAUUUCUCUUUAAAGAGCCUUUCAAAACACACUGCUGGGAUCUGUGAAAGGUUCCUGUAAUCUCCAGAUGAAAGGACAAAUGCCCUUUCUCCGAAGAGCUGCUUAGCUUUGAUGCUGCUGAUGUGACUAAGCCUGCUGCUGGUGGUCUGGAAGAGCCAAGGGCAACUAUCACCAUGCCUCUACCGUUUUGAAAAUUGGCCACCCUGUCUCCUCCUCCCCCCUGACCCCCAAGCACCAGCAUCUGCUACAUGAGUGAGAUUGAAAGGAAAGGCAUCAGUAAGAACUUCCACCUCUGCAAGGAGGAUCUAGAAAUGAAUGAGCACUUUAAUUUCUGGAGAAGCAGAAAGCAGCAGCCUGUAGAGCUGUUUUUCAGCCUGGUCAUUCCUACCAGCAUUUCACCAGCUUGUGAAGCAGCAGAGUGUCCUGCUUUCUUCUCUUGCACAACAUGCUUUUGUACUGGAAAUUCAUCCUGAGCAGGGACAGGGGCUAGCUGAAGUCAAUGGCCGUUCCUUGAGCCGUGCAAAGCACUUGGCUCACACAGCUAUGCAAACCUAGGAGCCGUGUGGCUCAAAACAGAGACACCCAACUAGUGGAAGGCAGGUGCAGCAUAAAGAAGUCCUGCCCCACAGGGCAAAUAAUUUGGUUUGAACUUAACCAGAAGAUGAAAAAUGCUUCCGUGAGAAGUGAAAGUCUUCAGGAGAAAUCUACACUACCUAGAUGUCUUCUUUUUUUCCCAUUCAAACUCUCAGCUGUUGUUGUUAAUUGAGUCUUUGAGUUAAAAAGCCAGCCCUAUCUGUAGGUGUCCUGGUGACAGUCAAAGCAAAAUGUGAUUCAUGUGCCUGGAGAAAGAGAAGAAACCGGUAGAGUGGACUCCCUUCCCUGGGGAAAAGCAAGGGGAUCCCACUUUGGAUCCUGGCCUCAGCUGGUCUGAACUGGCCUGGUGCCUUUUGCAUGGCUUAAGAUCAGAUGCUAAAUGGGUUGAGUCCUUGAGUGGCUGCAUGGGGACCAGUUUAAGACUGGGCUUUGUUGCUGGAGCAGUUAAGUGCCACUUCUCUGGAAAACGUCUUGUCUCAUAAGGAAACUGAGAACAGAUGAGAAGAUGUCUGGGGCAGGGCAUCUCUUGGGCUGUAGAGAAACGAAUGACAGAAAAGUCCUGUUACGCCUGUGACGACAAUGCACUGGGAAGAAAAUAGCUUCUCGGAGUCGACAAAAGAAACCAGGUUUUCUCUGAGAACAGAGAGACAG